AUGGGGAGCAGGAACCUUGGCGCAGUGCACUCAGCACGCUGCUGUUACCUCGUGCUCAUCCUACAGCUGCUGACUCAGCUCCCGCGCGCCAACUCAGCUCUGCGCUAUCGGGUGGCAGAGGAAGGGCCGGCAGACGUGCAUAUCGGGAACGUGGCCGCGGACCUCGGCCUGUCCACCUCCGGGAUCGGCACUGGUGAUGUCACUUUUGCGCUGGAGUCAGGUUCAGACUACUUUAAGAUUGACAAUGUGACUGGUGAACUGACCACGGGGGGAAGGCGCAUUGACCGCGAGAAGCUGCCACAGUGCCAGAUGAUAUUUGAUGAAAACGAGUGCUUCUUAGACUUUGAAGUAUCUGUGAUUGGACCACUGCAGAGCUGGGUGGAUCUGUUUGAAGGACGCAUUGUGAUUACAGAUAUUAAUGACAACACACCCUCUUUUCCCUCCCCUGUUCUCACACUGUCUGUUGAAGAGAAUCGACCAAUCGGCACUCUGUACCUCCUUCCCACUGCCACAGAUCGUGACUUUGGCCGAAACGGCAUCGACCGUUAUGAGCUCAUUCAGGACAGCAGAGAUAUGGGGUCACCACGGCGGCCAGCUGGAGGCCCCGUUGGCAGAGAAAACGGUGGGGACAGAAGGCGAGUGUCAGAGUCAGCUCCAGGAGGAGGAGGGGCUAGGAGCAGUGUGUUUGAGCUACAGGUGGCAGACACACCUGACGGUGAGAAGCAGCCACAGCUGAUAGUUAAAGGCUCUUUGGACAGGGAGGCACGGGACUCCUACGAACUGGUCUUACGUGUACGGGACGGAGGAAAUCCACCGCGCUCCUCACAGGCACUACUGCGAGUCGCCAUAACUGACGUCAAUGACAACAGCCCGCGCUUCGAGAGGGCCGUGUACGAGGCCGAGAUGGCCGAAAACACGCCGCCCGGCACGCCUGUCCUUCAGGUGCGUGCUACAGACCGGGACAUUGGCGUGAACGGCCAAGUGGAGUACGUGUUUGGAGCAGCUACGGAGUCAGUGCGGCGCCUCCUGCGUCUGGAUGAAGCGUCUGGUUGGCUGAGCGUGCUGCAUCGAAUUGACCGGGAGGAGGUAGCGCAGCUGCGUUUCACCGUCACGGCCCGGGACCGCGGCCAGCCGCCGCGCACCGACCGCGCCGCAGUCGUCCUGUCAGUGAGAGACGAAAAUGACAACGUGCCCGUGGUGGAAAUCCGCAAGAUCGGACGCAUACCCGUGCGGGACGGAGCUGCCAUGGUCCCUGAGAAUGUUCUGGUAGACACACCUGUGGCACUAGUGCAGGUUUCAGAUCGUGACCAAGGUGAGAAUGGGGCGGUGACGUGUACUGUGGUAGGGGACGUCCCGUUCACAUUAAAGCCAGCUGGGGAGACUGCACUUGCCCCUCCUCCGGCUGCUGAUGAGGCCUUUGACCGGAACAGGAAGAAGUAUUUUCUACACACCUCAGCUCUUUUGGACUAUGAAACAACCCGUGACUACAGCGUCACCAUUGUUGCCGUGGAUUCCGGAAGUCCCAGUCUUUCCAGCAACAGUUCCCUGACAGUUCGUGUAGUGGACGUUAAUGAUCACGCACCUGCCUUUGCCCAGAGCCUAGUGGAGGUGCACUUUGCUGAAAAUAACGCCCCAGGAGAGAGGGUGGUCACUGUUGUGGCCGCUGAUGCCGACAGUGGUAAAAAUGCGGAGAUCUCCUACUCGCUGGAUCCCUCUGUUAAUGGGGCCUUUUACAUAGAUGCAGACAGUGGAGACAUCCGUGCCGCGGCGGCGUUAGACAGGGAGCAGAGGGAGAGGUAUGAAUUUCGGGUGAUUGCACGGGACAAAGGUACGCCUUCUCUUCAAGGCUCCGCCACAGUAGUGGUCCAGGUAACAGACAGAAAUGACAACGCGCCGAAAUUCGUUCAAGAGGUCUUCACUUUCUAUGUCAAAGAGAACCUGUUAGCCAAUAGUCCUGUUGGCAUGGUGACGGUUACCGAUGAUGAUGAAGGAGAAAACGCAGAGCUUAGCCUGUUCGUGGAGGAGGGUGAAGAAGAUGAUGGAGAGGGAGGUCAGAACGAGAAGGAGGAGGUGUUCUCUAUCGAAAACAACACUGGCACCAUUUUCUCCUCGGCAUCCUUUGACCGCGAGCGCCAGAGCGCGUACACCUUCAGGGUUCGAGCCGUCGAUGGCGGUGAUCCACCGCGAUCCGCCACAGCCACCGUGUCCCUGUUUGUCACGGAUGAGAAUGACAACGCCCCGUCCAUCACUGGCCCAGCCAAUGAGUCAUACACGCUCCUGCCUCCUGCCAGCGGGGCUCGCACCGUCGUCCGCACGGUCACGGCCUCUGAUAACGACGCCGGCUCCAACGCAGACCUCCGCUUCACCCUCGUCGGUGGCAACCCGUUCCGGCUGUUCGAGAUUGGUUCCAGCAGCGGGGUCAUCACCUUGGCCGAGCCCCUGGAGAGGCGGCACCGCGGCCUCCACCGCCUGGUGGUGCGAGUGAAUGACAGUGGGGUGCCCUCUCUCUGUGCAACGGCGCUGGUUCACGUCUUCAUCAAUGACAGUCUGGUGAACGCCACCCUGGUGGACGCACAGGUGGCCCGUAGCCUGGCAGCCCCCCUGUCCCUGGACAUAGCCGGCGACCCAGACAGCGAGCGUGCCCUGGGGAAGCAGCGGCUCAGCGUGGCGAUCGGCGUGCUGGCGGGAGCGGCGGCUGUCAUCCUGGUCAUCCUGCUGGUGGUGACGGCCAGGCAGUGCGGAGCUCAAGGUAAGAAUGGCUACGAGGCUGGGAAGAAAGAGCCGGAAGAGGACUUCUUCAGUCCGCAGCCGCCCCAGCCCCAGCCGCAGCGAGACCGCGGCCGCAAGCCGCGCCGCGACAAACGCAACGGCGGCUCCAAAGCCGAGCGCUCGCCCUACGGCGGCAUCCUGACGGUAAACGGGCACCGGCACGACGAGGAAGAUGAGGAUGAGGAGGCUAGCAUGGCCAGCGAGAGGAUCGCCGCUCGGUACUGCGCGGCUGCCAACGGCGACCCCAGCAGCCCCCGGCUCGGCAACCGCCGGCACCAGUCCAGCCCUGAUCUGGCCCGUCACUACAAGUCCAGCUCCCCCCUGCCAGCCGUGCAUCUGCAGCCAAACUCGCCGCCCGCCGAGGGCAAGAAACACCAGGCCGUCCAGGAGCUGCCACCAACCAACACCUUCACCGGAAACGGCAAUGCAGAUGCCAUGUCACUGGGCUCUGACCAGUGCUCUGACUACGGCUGCCAGACCACCAACAAAUACAACAAGCAGCAAACCCUGAGGCGUGUCACAUUCUCGGUCGUCAGUCAGCCCCAGGACCAGGGUUGUUAUGACAGCGGUCUGGAGGACUCUGAGACUCCCAGCAGUAAGAGUUCAUCUGGACCACGGCUGGGCGCACUCCCCCUGCCCGAGGACGGUUACGAAAGGACCACCCCGGAGGGCAGUGUGGGAGAGGAGGAACAUGUAGAGAAUGAUUCCAGGCAGCUGCCUGAUGUGGCCCUGACAGGGAAGUGCACGCGAGAGUGUGAUGAGUUUGGCCACUCUGACACAUGCUGGAUGCCUGUACCACCAUCUCCACGGAGACACCAUGGCAGCGAACCCCCAAAGCUGUCCACAUUUGCAUCUCCCGGUGACAAUAAUAACAACAAUGAAGAUGACAGUGAGCAGGAUGACGAGGGCUCGGAGCAUGGAGGCGACGCGCGGGACACGCUGGCCAAUGGCGAUCCGCUCGGAACGCUGACCGGUGACCGCAACAGGAACAUGGGAGAUCACAAUCGGAACCUUUUGAAUCGUAAAAUGACAUCAGCUUCUUACGACACGUUCAGUAGCGCUGGCUUCGGAAGACGUCAUGAGGAGGAAGACUCACACCCCCCUGAGGUCAUACCGCUCACACGGACAGGAGGCGACUACAAAACGACGUCCUGCCUCACGCUCUCCCGCAGGGAGGUGUACUUGUGA